ACAAUGAAACACAGUUUUGCUUUUGACAACAUGGGCUAUGAGGAGAGCUUUGAAACUGUGCCCUCUCCAUCUUCCCAAGAACAUACUGUGGCAGUCAACGUUGUGGGAAUGACUUGCCAAUCUUGCGUGCAGUCAAUAGAAGGCCGAAUUUCCAAGGUGAAGGGCAUUGUGAGUAUUAAAGUCUCACUUGAACAGAACAACGCUGUAAUAAAGUAUCUGCAGUCAGAAAUAAGUCCUGAACAGAUCUGUGAGGAAAUUCAGGAUAUGGGCUUUGACGCCAACGUAGCGGAAGAGAGCCUGACAACAGCGACCGUAAAUGUGUCGUGCUCCAGAGAGGCAGUAGUUAAGCUUCGAGUAGAAGGCAUGACAUGCCAGUCCUGUGUCACCAACAUUGAAGGGAAGAUCAGGAAACUGCAUGGGGUGGCGAAAAUCAAGGUGUCACUGGCUAACCAGGAAGCAAUGAUUGCUUACUCUCCUUACAUCAUUCAGCCUGACGACCUCAAAAGCCGUAUCAGUAACCUGGGGUAUGACUGCACUAUUAAAAGUAAAUCAGCCCCUUUGAAGCUGGGUGGCCUCGACCUUGGGCGCCUGCAGAAUGUGAACCCCAAGGAGACAGCGGCAAGUCUCGGGAGUGAUGGGGAGGAUCCACCUGUGGCCAGGACAAGCGGCGCAGCUACGGUGGCUGUACGGAUAGAAGGCAUGCACUGCAAGUCCUGUGUCAGAAACAUCGAAGGAAAUAUAUCAGAUCUUCCCGGCAUACAAAGUAUUAAAGUGUCUUUGGAGCAUAAACGUGGUGUGGUACAGUAUAGCCCAAAUUUAAUUACUCUGUCUGCUUUGCAGCAAGCUAUUGAAUCCCUUCCACCUGGAAACUUUAAAGUAUAUCUCCUUAAUGGUUCGGAAAUUAGUAAGGGAGCAUCUCCAUCACUUGCUUUGCUACGGGAUCUCUCCAGAGGGCCACUGCAAGACCAGACAUGCACGACUGUUAUUAGGAUUGAUGGCAUGACCUGCAGUUCCUGUGUACAGUCCAUAGAAGGGACCAUAUCCCAAAGACAAGGAGUGCAAUGUAUAGCAGUUUCUCUAGCUGACAGAACUGGGACCGUACAUUAUGAUCCAACUGUCACUAAUGGAGAAGAGUUAAGAGCUGCCAUAGAAGACAUGGGAUUUGAUGCUUCUGUGCUGACAGGUAACAGUGGGCCUCAAGCUCCAGAGCCUCCUUGCCAAGGCUGUGCCUUGGAUGCUCUUCCUGACAGUCCUCACCUUGACGGGCCAAACCAGCCCAAUGGAGCAACAGUGGAAAAGUGUUUCUUACAAAUCACAGGCAUGACCUGUGCGUCGUGUGUGUCCACCAUCGAAAGAAAUUUGCAGAAAGAAGAUGGAAUUGUGUCAGUGUUGGUAGCACUGAUGGCAGGCAAAGCAGAGGUAAAAUACAAGCCAGAAUUCAUACAGCCUCUUGAAAUAGCACAGCUGGUCCAGAACCUGGGUUUUGAAGCUACCAUCAUAGAAGAUCAUGCAGAAACAGAAGGAAAUGUGGAGCUUCUUAUUACAGGAAUGACUUGUGCGUCUUGUGUUCACAAUAUUGAAUCUAAACUCAUGAGAACAAAUGGCAUAUUCUACGCUUCAGUUGCUCUUGCUACUUGCAAAGCUCACAUCCAGUUUGAUCCUGAAAUUACGGGGCCUCGAGAUAUUAUAAAAAUAAUAGAGGAAAUUGGCUUUCAUGCUUCUGUGGCUAGAAGAGUUCCAAAUGCACAUAACCUGGAUCAUAAAAAGGAAAUACAGCAGUGGAGGAAGUCUUUCUUGUGCAGCCUACUGUUUGGUAUCCCUGUCUUGAUCCUAAUGAUUUAUAUGCUAAUACCUGCCAGUGAGCACCAUGGGUCUAUGGUGCUGGAACAGAAUAUCAUUCCUGGAUUGUCUGUUUUAAAUCUUCUCUUCUUUGUCCUGUGCACUUUUGUUCAGUUUCUUGGUGGAUGGUAUUUUUACGUACAAGCUUACAAAUCACUGAAGCACAAGACGGCCAAUAUGGAUGUGCUCAUCGUACUGGCCACAACAAUUGCUUAUGUGUAUUCGUGUGUGAUCCUGCUGGUAGCAAUAAUUGAAAAGGCAGAGAAAAGCCCUGUCACUUUCUUUGACACUCCCCCGAUGCUGUUCGUGUUCAUUGCCCUAGGGAGAUGGCUGGAACACAUAGCAAAGAGUAAGACCUCAGAAGCUCUUGCUAAACUUAUAUCUCUUCAAGCCACAGAAGCCACCGUGGUAACUCUUGGACCUGACCACUCUAUCAUUAGGGAGGAGCAGGUAGCUGUUGAACUGGUUCAAAGGGGUGAUAUUGUAAAGGUUGUUCCUGGUGGAAAGUUCCCAGUGGAUGGAAAGGUCAUUGAAGGCAGUUCUAUGGCAGAUGAGUCUCUCAUUACUGGGGAAGCUAUGCCAGUCACUAAAAAGCCCGGAAGCACAGUGAUCGCUGGUUCUAUAAAUGCACAUGGCUCGGUUCUUGUAAAUGCAACUCAUGUUGGUAACGACACCACCCUGGCGCAAAUCGUGAAACUGGUAGAAGAAGCUCAAAUGUCAAAGGCACCCAUCCAGCAACUGGCAGAUAAGUUUAGUGGAUAUUUUGUUCCAUUUAUCAUCAUCAUUUCAUCAGUGACAUUGAUAGUAUGGAUCAUAAUUGGGUUUAUAAAUUUUGAUGUUAUUCAAAAAUAUUUUCCUAAUCAGAACAAACACGUUUCAAAAGCUGAACUAAUCCUGAGGUUUGCAUUUCAAACCUCAAUCACUGUGCUGAGCAUUGCAUGCCCCUGUUCCUUAGGCUUGGCUACCCCCACAGCUGUGAUGGUGGGCACGGGAGUUGCUGCGCAGAAUGGUAUUCUCAUCAAAGGGGGAAAACCCCUGGAAAUGGCACACAAGAUCAAGACUGUGAUGUUUGAUAAAACUGGCACCAUCACCUGCGGGGUUCCUAAAGUCAUGAGGGUGCUUUUGCUGGGAGACACGGCUGUGCUCUCCCUGAAGCAGGUUCUGGCGGUGGUUGGCACUGCAGAAGCCAGCAGUGAGCAUCCUCUAGGAGUGGCAGUCACUAAAUAUUGCAAAGAGGAGCUGGGCACUCAGAGCCUGGGAUACUGCACCGACUUCCAGGCAGUGCCGGGCUGUGGCAUCAGCUGCAAGGUCAGAGGUGUGGAGGCCAUCCUGGGCAUGGACGAGGAGGGUCUCGAUAAGCUGGACACUAACAGGAGCAGGGACAGUGCUUCUUGUACGUACUCGGUGUUGAUUGGAAAUCGUGAGUGGAUGCGACGCAAUGGCUUGCAUAUUGCGAAUGACGUAAAUGAUGCAAUGACAGACCAUGAAACAAAAGGACAGACUGCCAUACUAGUGGCUAUAGAUGGCGUGUUGUGUGGAAUGAUCGCGAUAGCAGACACUGUCAAGCAGGAGGCAGCCCUUGCUGUGCAUACGCUGAAAAACAUGGGAAUAGACGUGGUGCUGAUAACGGGGGACAACAGAAAAACUGCAAAAGCCAUUGCUACUCAGGUUGGGAUCAAAAAGGUCUUUGCCGAGGUUCUUCCUUCUCACAAGGUUGCAAAGGUCCAAGAACUUCAAAACGGGAGGAGAAAGGUUGCGAUGGUUGGUGAUGGAGUCAAUGAUUCCCCUGCACUAGCCAGGGCCGACGUUGGAAUUGCAAUUGGAACAGGCACCGAUGUUGCCAUUGAAGCAGCAGAUGUUGUUCUUAUCCGAAAUGACUUGCUGGAUGUAGUUGCCAGUAUUCACUUAUCAAAGAGAACAGUUCGAAGAAUACGAAUAAAUCUGAUCCUUGCCUUGAUUUAUAAUCUGCUUGGAAUACCCAUAGCAGCAGGGGUGUUCAUGCCUGUUGGCCUUGUGCUUCAGCCUUGGAUGGGAUCAGCUGCAAUGGCAGCUUCUUCUGUGUCUGUCGUGCUGUCAUCUCUGCAGCUGAAAUGUUAUAAGAAGCCAGACACAGAAAGUUAUGAAGCACAAGCUCAAGGCCGCAUGAAGCCACUUACUCCUUCCCAAAUCAGUGUUCAUAUUGGAAUGGACGACAGGAGGAGGGAUUCAUCCAGAUCGGCUCCUUGGGAUCAGAUUAGCCAAGUGUCUCUCUCUUCCUUGACUUCAGACAAGCUGCCGAGACGUAAUGGUUUUGUUGAGGAGGACGGGGACAAGUGGUCAUUGCUCAUGAAUGGAGGAGACGAAGAACAGUACAUCUGAAGUACGAUAUUCUUAGCACAGAACGAAACGUUCCUCCUCACCAGUGAUGGGAGGGACUGACUUAAGUCAUUGAGAGCUUCAAGGCUGUAAGUGAAGUCAUUCCUUCAGCUCACAAACCAAUUGCAACUUGGCUCAAUGCUGGGUUGUAUGGACUGUGGACUUUUUUCAGGUCACCAGUUAUUUCUAGUCACGGAAAGAAUCCAUGGCUCUAUAAUGAACUAGCUCCUUUUUACAGAGCAAUUAGUGAAAUAAUGUAAAAUUGUAAUUUUC